AUGAAACGGCCAUUCUACACCUGGACCUGCCGGCUGUGGGUGACCCUGUGCUGCCUGCUUGGGGGUGUCCAUGGGACGUUCGUGACGAGAAACUCCAGACCCAACAUUGUCCUGCUGAUGGCAGAUGACCUGGGGGUGGGCGAUUUGUGUUGCUAUGGCAACAACACAGUGAGCACGCCGAAUAUCGACCGGCUGGCGAGCGAGGGCGUGCGGCUGUCCCAGCACCUGGCGGCGGCUUCCAUGUGCACCCCAAGCCGGGCCGCCUUCCUGACCGGCCGGUACCCCAUCAGAUCAGGAAUGGCGUCUCCCUACAACCUGAACCGUGCCUUCCCCUGGCUCGGUGGCUCGGGCGGCCUUCCUACCAACGAGACGACGUUCGCCAAGCUCCUGCAGCAUCAGGGAUACCGCACGGGACUCAUCGGAAAGUGGCACCUGGGACUGAGUUGUGCCUCCCGGGGUGAUCACUGCUACCACCCGCUCAACCAUGGGUUCGACUACUUCUACGGGAUGCCUCUUGGGCUGCUGAGCGACUGCCAGGCGUCCAAGAGGCCGGAACUGCACCGCUGGGUCCGGAUCAAACUGUGGAUCUCCACGGCAGCCAUUGCCUCGGUCCCUCUGCUGCUCCUUGUCCCCAAAUUCGCCCGCUGGUUCUCGGUCCCCUGGACGGUCAUCAUCAUCUUGGCUCUCCUCGCCCUGCUGUUUUUCCUGUCCUGGUACUCGAGUUACGGGUUCAUCCGGCGUUGGAAUUGCAUCCUCAUGAGAAACCACGACGUUAUCCAGCAGCCCAUGAAGGAGGACAGGGUGGCCUCCCUCAUGCUGAAGGAAGCCCUCACGUUCAUCGACAGGUAUAAACGGGAGCCUUUUCUCCUCUUUUUCUCCUUCCUGCACGUCCACACCCCACUCGUCACCAAAGAGAAGUUCGUUGGGCACAGUAAAUACGGGCUGUACGGGGACAACGUGGAAGAGAUGGAUUGGAUGGUGGGUAAAAUCCUACAGGCUCUGGACCAAGAGCUCCUGGCCAACCGCACGCUGGUGUACUUCACCUCGGACAACGGCGCCCGCCUGGAGCCCCGGGACGGAGCUGCGCGGCUGGGCGGCUGGAACGGCGUCUACAAAGGCGGCAGAGGGAUGGGCGGGUGGGACGGAGGCAUCCGUGUGCCUGGAAUAUUCCGGUGGCCGACGGUGCUGGAGCCCGGGCUGGUGGUGGACGAGCCCACCAGCCUCAUGGACAUCUACCCGACACUGUCCUAUCUCGCGGGAGGGAUUCUGCCCCAGGACAGGUACGGAGACGGCGCUUGUGCCACCGUGUGGAAGGUUCAUUACGUGACUCCCAGAUUCUACCCGGAGGGGAGCGGCGCCUGCCACGGGAGUGGGGUGUGCCCAUGUUCCGGGGAUGUCACCUACCACGACCCUCCUCUCCUCUUCGACAUCUCCAGGGACCCCGCCGAAGCCUGGCCCCUGAACCCCGACAACGAGGCCCUAUUCGAUCCCGUGAUCAAGAGGGUGGAGGCGGCCAUCCAGGAUCACCGCAGCACGCUCACGCCCGUGCCCCAGCAGUUCUCCGUGUUCAGCACGGUCUGGAAGCCGUGGCUGCAGCCCUGCUGUGGGACCUUCCCCCUCUGUGGCUGUGACAAGGAGCACGACAUCCUGCCCAAGGCUCUCUGA